AUGUCCAAAAAUAUAACCAUCACUUUUUGUGUGAAUUAUGUCACAUACUAUGGUCAAAAUAUCAUCAUAACAUUGAUUUCCAAUGAAAGUGAAGACUCACAUGUCAUGGAAUGGACUGAAGGACAUAAUUGGAUAUUCAAAUAUACAAUUCCACAUCCACAAGAGUUAAAAUGGUUUUACUCAGUAACUGAUAAUUUGCAAGCACCACUUCAAGAGCAAUUGAGUAGUCCAAGAACGUGUUAUUUUAUACAAGACACGUUGUCUAAUGAUAGUUGGGGUAUACAAUAUACUGAGACUGAAUCACUCUUAAAAAACUCUUUUGUGCUUGACCCCCUUAUCACUGCACUCUCCAAGUUCACAUCACUCCAAAUAUCGUCAGUCGUUUUUGACUCGGACAUCCACAAAAUUGAAAACAUUUUUGAAGUCUCAAAAUACAAGAAAAAUAUCAUUCUUCUUGUCGUUUGUGAUAACCAAAAGAUAUUUGGAUUGUUUGCUUCAGAGGAGCAACAAGACGAGAAAUGUUUUAAAGCAAUUGGAAACAAUUCAUUCUUCUUCUGGUUGUUCCCAAUACAAAGAAAAGUUGAUAACAAAAAGCAUUUCAUCGAGUUUAAAAACGACGACACGGUAAUUCUUAAAAAUUGUUGUGUUGAUGUGGACAAAGACAACCAACAAGAUGUCAUAACUGAUGAAUACAAGGCAAAUAGAGUGUUACUUUUACAAUUGAUGUAA